AUGCCACCGGCAUCGUCAGUGCCGAGCAGCUAUCGUGUCGAGGAAAUGGCGUAUCCGUCGCGUACAAUCGCUUUCCAGGCUGCUGGCAUGAUCACUUCCAUUGUCGAGAACUUAGGGACACAUAAUGAGAUUCGCUACACGCCCGCUUUCAUUGUGUACAGUCUUUUCUCGGCUCUGAUUAUGCAUGUUUACCAGAUGCGUUCAUCUGUACCCUCUGUCGUGGCCACAUGCCAAGAGAGAAUUAACAUCUGCAUGCAAGCGCUCAAGGAUGUUUCCAAGGUCUGGCUCGUCGCCAAGAUGGUGCACACCCUCUUCGAGUCUAUUCUGGGCAACAAAGUUCUAGAAGAACGUCUGCAAAAGGCCGCGGGUAAGAGGCACCAGCGAGUGAAACACGACUCGGGCCAAUCGAGCCAGCACGCAUCGAGAAGGCCAGAUCCUCCUCCAAAGCGCAAAUUCGAUGACAUGGAUAUCACCUUGCCGAAUGGGGGCCCCACGCCUCCAGUCUCAUACGAACGAUCCCGCCCUCAGACACCGGCGGCUACACCGUCCAGGGAGCUCGGGCAGUCUACCUUGCCUCUGCCCCAAGGCUCUCCUACUAUCACAAAGGAAGGUCUUCCCGGGACAGGCAACUCUCGCGCAAACACACGGCCAACGACCCCCUUCAAUAAUCAGUUCUCCUUGCCUGCGACUCCCCCUGACUUAUUCCUGGUCACGCGCACAUCACCUAACCUCUCACCUUCUCUCUGGGAGAACUUUCAGCCAGACCAACUGUUCCCCGACGGCACGGCGAUCUUCCCAGAACUCACUUCUCCCCAGACUGCGACAGUUGACCCGCAACUUCAGAUGCAAUCACAUUUACAGGCCCAUGGUCUGGAUCAACGCUCAAUAGUUCCCCCACAAAUAUCCCACCGAGCCUCUCUCCCAGGUGCCCAAGGAAGCCCCGAGGUUCUCUCGAGUAUGCCUGCCGGAAUUGGCCUUCAAGGACAACAGCCACAACAGCUGUACGGAAUGGAUGCUCAGCAACCCUGGCCGAUGCAUGGCCUAGAUGCAACCGUUGCGGGCGCGGCAAUGGACCAUGCAAGCCAAGAUGACAACUGGAGCAGUAGCUCUCGCAGUGGCCCAACUGCUCCCACCACCCUGAACGUGGAAGACUGGUUCCAAUUCUUCGGCAUUAACGGCAGCUUCGGCGAACUGGCAGCUUGA